AUGGAGACCACAAAUAACGUGACAAAAUUUAUCCUUUUGGGAUUCUCUCAGAAUGACCAGAUUCAGAGAGCUUGCAUUCUCCUCUUUCUGCUCAUGUACUUAGUCAUUGUGGUGGGCAACCUUCUGAUCAUGGUCACUGUGAAGUCCAGUCAGCACCUCUCCACACCCAUGUACUUCUUCCUUUCUGUUCUGUCCUUUGUAGACAUUGGCUAUUCCUCUGCAACUGUAUUCAAUCUGAUAGUAGAUUUCCUCAAUAAGAAGAAGUCUAUUUCUUUCAAAGGCUGCAUUACACAGAUCUUUUCUGUGCAUAUUUUUGGCUGCACUGAAAUCCUCAUCCUCACAGUCAUGGCUUAUGACCGCUAUGUUGCCAUCUGCAAACCCUUCCACUACACCUCCAUCACCUCCACCUGUCAUCAGCUGGUGGUGACCACAUGGUCGGGAGGACUUGUGCAUUCCUUGGUGCAGACCCUCCUCACCAUAAAGCUGCCUUUCUGUGGGCCCAGUAAGAUUGACCACUAUUUCUGCGAUGUAUACCCUUUGCUCAAGCUGGCCUGCAGUGACACCCACAUCGUUGGGGCCUUGGUUGUUGCCGAUACAGGUAUGAUUGCUUUGGGCUGCUUUGUAGUGUUGGUGGUGUCUUAUGCGGUCAUCUUAUUCACUCUCCAGGUAGAGGGCAGGCACAAGGCCCUCUUCACUUGUGCUUCUCACAUCACAGUGGUGCUGCUUCUAUUUGGGCCCUGCCUCUUCAUCUAUGUCCGCCCUUCCACUACCUUACCAGUGGAUAAAGUUUUUUCUCUCUUUUACACUAUCCUCACUCCCAUGUUGAAUUUGAUCAUCUACAUUCUGAGGAACACCGAAAUGAAAAAUUCCUUGAAAAAGUUGUGGAAAAGACAAAGUGAUGUUGUGAACCAAAAUAAAUGGGGUCAGUGCCCAGCUAAAAAGUGA